UUCUGUCAGAGGGGGGGUGUUAGGACCCAGCAGCUGGGGCAGCCCUGCAGCCCACGGCCCCCGCCCCCUUGCCUCUUUUGAAUCCAGGCACUCCAGAAAGUGCAACCCAGCGCUGCCAGAUCCCCUCCAGCCAGCCUGCCGCAGGAUCUUCCAGCUGCCCCCCAGCCCUGCCCCCCGUGGCCAUGAGGACUCUGGGCCUCUUCGUCCUCUGCUUGCCAGUGCUUCUGGCCCAAGGGCAGUACGACAUUGGAGACCCAGCAUACCACGACACGCCAUACAUCCCCUAUGAAAUAGAAAGUCAAGAUUACUAUGACUAUGCUGGCAAUGACAUUGCCCCGCAGGCUCCCGAAGAGCAAUACCCCUACCAGUCCCAGCAGCAGAACCAGCAGGAGGUCAUCCCAGCCCCAACCCCAGGCACGGCUGAGACGGAGCCCACCGAGCCCGGGCCCUUCGAUUGCCAGGAGGAGCAGGCAAUUCUGGUACCUGGCCUGUACUCGGUCCACAAGCCCUGCAAGCAGUGCCUAAAUGAGCUCUGUUUUUACAGCCUGCGGCGGGUUUAUGUGAUCAAUAAGGAAAUCUGCAUCCGCACUGUCUGUGCCCAUGAAGAGCUGCUGAGAGCUGACUUCUGCCGCGACAAGUUCUCCCGGUGUGGCGUGAUGGCGACCAGCGGGCUGUGCCAGAGCGUGGCUGCCUCCUGUGCCCGAAGCUGCGGGGGCUGCUAGGCAGGAACAGGCGCGCACAACAUGCCCCACCCACGGGCCAGCCAGCCAGCCAGGCCUCCCCUGCCUCCCCCUCACUCCCCUUGGCCAGGCCCACACAGGAUGCUCCCAGGCCUCCAAUGUGGCCAGUGGGUGAAGCUCUGGCGGGGGGCGAGGGGCACACGGGCAUGGAAAAGCCAGGAGUGGGAGGCAGCUCUCUUUCUCUCUCCCCUUCUGCUGCCUGGUGGGAGCUUGGCCCAGUGGGGGUAUCUCUGGAGACUCUCACAGUCCUCAGCAGGGCCCAAGGGUUGCGAAAGGGUGGCUUGGGGGGGGGGGGGGGGGCCAGGAGGAGCUAAAUGUGCAGCUCUCCCGGGACCUGCCUGUCUCAUUCAGUAUAAUCGUGUCUUCUCUUUUUUUACACAAGUGUUAAAUAAACCAAAAGUAUUACCA